GUUUCGACAUCCAACCUAAUAAGAUGGCAUGGGCUUUUCAUGAUAUAAAACUCGGGUGGCUGUCACAUAUUUAACCAGUUGAGCACCGCUGCCUUUGCAGGUCUCCUGUGUUCAAGGCCAUGCUCUUUGGUCCUUGGAAAGAGUCAAGCCCAACAAAUGGAUCAGACUGGACCUUCACAUUACCAGAGGUACAUCCAUGAACCUAUUGAUACUGGUUUACUAUCCUCGCUAACUGAUAUUCCGUCUCUUGCAAUAGAGAGACUCAUCCAACUAAGAGUUGAGCUCAAUAGAGAGUGGAUCACGCAGGCCUUUAAGGAACAGAGCGCACGUUUUCAUCGCUACAUGCUGGCAUCGAAACAUUCCUUUAGCAAGGGCGCGGGGGAGGUUGUGGUCGGUGUCAGCGCUCUGGGGGAGCGAGUUGGGGAAUUGCUGGAUUGGAUGGCAGAGGGGUUUUAUACCAUCGUGAAAGAAAGUACUCGUGAUCCUGGAGUGCCGGAGACUCUGAUUGGAAACUGGAAUUACGACAAACACUGGACUGUACGAUGGGAAGGUCGUCUUGUGUCACCAGAGGACAGGGAAUUGAUGAACAAUCGCAAGCGACGGCCUGAAGCCUAUAGUAUCCCUAAAAAUAGUACUCACCUGAAUUUGACUUUCUUACCUACUGCACGAUACCUUACCACAUGCGAAUUCAUACCUGCUACACCGUGACAGGCAAUGAGGUUAGGUAGAAUCGCAGGUUGCUGCCGUCCCCUGUUGGCUUGUGUGCUCCCUCAUCUUCUGCCCAGAGAUUUCCCCCUUGCAGCCGAAGCGACCUCCCGCAAACCUGGGUCAGGCUACAUCUACCAACUCAACAACAACACCUCACCGACCAGAUCGAUCCAAGAUGUCGAGUGAUCCAAUCGGACCUACCGAGGGUCCUGGCAACCCGGUCGGAAAAGCCGUCGAGAACCAACAAGAAGCUGGCAACCAAGGAAAAGGUCGGACAAGUGAGGCCGCCGCUGUUGAGAAGAUCGUUGCGCCUGCGACUGUUGUCGGCAAAAGCCCCGUCGUCGAGAACAUUGAUGAGGAUGGCGAUCUUGUCCUCCAUAUCGGCCCCACUUCAAACCUGAGGGCAUUCAGAAUUGACUCCUCUACUCUUCGCCGCACUUCUGAAGUCUUCCGAGCGUGGAUUUGCCGCUGGAGCACCGACAAACCGAGCGAUUCACAAUGGGUAUUCGACCUGCCGGAGGACGACCCCGCCAGUUUCAAAACCAUCCUCCAUAUUGUCCACGGACAGUUUGACCAAGCCACAAAGACCAUGGCGGAGAGCGACGGCAGUAUGCUAUACGAGCUGCUGGUGCUUUGCGAUAAAUAUAACAUGGCCUAUAUGAUCAAGCCCUGGGCUAAUGCAUGGCUCAAUCGCACCAUCAAGGACACGCAAGAUACGCCCAGCUACUGGAAGCUUGCAUUCAUUGCUUGGGAAUUAGGACGUUAUGAUCUAUUCAUCGAGAGCUGUCAAAAUAUCAUCCUUACGUCCCAGCCUUCCCAUGAUGGAAGCGGACUAGUGGCCUAUGGAUGCCAGUUGGGUGAUUGCCGCCUUGGCCCUCUCAAGAUGGAAGAGAGAUUCGAACCGAUCAGAUACGCGAUUAUUCAAGCUCUACUCGACUUCUACCACACUGAGGUCAAGGAUCGUCUGCUUGAGAAGGUCCCUACCCACAGUCCCGUUCAACCUACUGCAUCUCACUCUGUAGGGAGAUCACCAACCCUGUCAUUCGGCAACACUCGCCAAACCUCAUCUCAUUCCCCAAUGACCAACACCGCGUGCAAUCAGAUUUUUCUGGGGGGCAUCAUCCAGGCCACCGUGACGCUACUACGGGGCUCAACCGAAACCGAGAAUAUGGACGCUGGAAUCUUGGUCCUUCUUCCCACUGAGGCAUCUGAGUUCAAGGAUAGCCCUGCCAAGCUAAUUGGACAGAUGACUACUAUCUUCCAAGCCGUUCAGCCAUUGGGAUUUGGUCACGAGGUCUGCCAUCCUGCAGCCAAGUUUCUGUCUUUUCAGCAAACCAUCAAGGAGUUCACGGCAGAGUGUAAUAAAGGAUGGGAUGGUCUGCUGUUAACUCCAGCGGAUAAAGGCAGACUGGCCAAGAGAAAGGUGCUCUUUGGCUGAGGCAUUGUUCUUCGUAGAUAGGCCUUGUUGUUCUAGAUAGGUAGUUAAAACGCCUCUUGAUCGUUUUGUCAAGUCUCCGGACUAUCUCUAAAAGCCGAUCAGCU